AUAAAUUAUCAAAGAUGAAGCAUGUAAUCCGGAACAAAAACGUUCUUGAACUAUUAGAAAAGCCAAUCGAGAAAAUGAAGCGUGAACCCAAAGGAAUUGCCAAUUUCAGCAACGACUAUCUCCGAUGCUAUCGAGAUGUUUGGAAAGUCACUGCAAGGUUCAAUUGGAACAACGAAGAGGGAGAAUCCUGGAGGGACAUCCUCCGUGCCAGUGCUAGAGCCGAGUUCGAACAAAUCAAGGAAGAAAAUGACCCCCUGAUCAUUGGAAAGUUCUUAAUAACCUGGAGAGAUGCCAUAAAUAGGAUGCACGAGAAGGUAAAUGACGUUAAUAUGAAGAUGACUUCCUUCGUUGAUGAGACGAGGACUGACAGCGUCAACCAGAAAGCCUUUGAUCCUUUCAAAGAUCGAAACGUCAUGUAAACUGAGAAGAAGGUGAGGCCGGUUUGGGAUCGAGUAGGGAUAAAAGGUAUUUAUUUCAAUUGU